AUGAGUGCAUGGGACCACUCGCUCCAUGAGUCUGGGACAUCGUCUGCGCCAUCGCGGCCUGCGGCCUCCAAGGAGCAAAAUGAUUUUAUUGCAGCCAUCGAUGGGACGAUCCAUGCCGAAGCAGCCAAAGUGGAAGGAGAAUGGAGGGGGAGAAGGAACGAAAGCCAAGUUGACGGAGCCUCGAGGCAAGAGGCGCGGACCGGGACCGUCCGGUACCGUGCGGCGACUUCCGCCGGCCCCGAGCUUCAUUUGCGCCUCCUUCGGCACGAACCGGCCAGCCCAAAGGUCAACGACGAACUUCACCGUUGGCCCACCCUUCAAGAUAGACCAACGCCAUAUGUGACUAGUGCCACACAUGUUUCCCAUGAGGAUUCAAUAAUCGAGGCGACCGACCAGCUCUCAAUACUCAAGGGACCGGAUGCCCCUCAAGAGUUCACCGUGAUGUAUCCUCCCUGGAUCCACGAAAACUCGCUUCUGGAACCUAGGCUCAUGAGAAGGCUAAAACUUCUCUCGACCGGUGCUGUGUUGCUGGUCGGCUACCGAUGCGCCACCUAUCCACUGAACACCACGUCAUUCUUCCUACAUGCCGUGGAACAGGCUUUCCACUGGCUCUUCGCCUUCGGUCAACACACAAUUCCCCGUCUUUUUUGCCUCACAUUCCCUCUUCACAGACUCUUCACUAGCUUCUUACCCUCCUGGGCUACCCACUCGACACCCUAUCACCGAUAUCCCUCCCCUCGAGCCGAACAAAAAUACUGGGAUUCUGCCCUUCGAUGGCGCAAAACACUAUACGCCUCAGAUGCGCGCAUGCAUCAUAGCACAUCCAGAAGCUCUGUCUCGGAGUCAACUAUCCCUCUUCCAGGAUACUUUGUCCCGCGACUGCUCCCUUCGUAUCGCGAAUCGCGAGAGAUUGACCCGGAGUCGAGGGAGUAUGAGCUGAGAGUUAAGGAUUACAUGAAGUGGAGGGGAAUGGUAUAUCCAGAAAAGCGAGUCCCGUCACUUCGCCAUGCACACAAGAUGAUAAAACAAUACAGUACACGUGAUCGGAGAGAAAUAUAUAGGAUUUCGAGAAUGGUCUCGGACGAGGAGAUCUGGGGUAACCCGUUUAUCUCGACGUUUAGGUAUAGAGAUAUUUGGGAGGAGUAUUUGGAGAGGAAGGGACCGGAUGUGGCGAUUGUCUUCUCGUGA